AUGAAUGUAUUCAACCCAAAAAUCCUCGAUGCCAGCAUUCGAGACGUUGCCUCAUACCUUUCCGACAACCAAAAGGUGGAUCUCUUGCUUUACGCCAUGAAAUGUCUUCAUUUCGAAGGACGUUCUAGAACGGUCAUCGAGAACGCGAUCCAGUCAUGUUUGCAAGUUGUCUCUCUCAGUCCGGAAAGUAUAGCGAAGGCCAGAAUAUUGCGUGCAAAGGCCAGGCUCGCGGGGGGUUCACCAUUAGGAGCACAAGAUGAUCUUCAAGCAGCGCUGGCAGUAGAACCUGACAACCCCGAGGCGAAAGCACUUCUUCAUCAACGAUCUGUUACGGUUGAGAAGCUGCUGGCGCCUCUUCCAAAACAUAACCUGAAAGAAAGAAUAUCAGCGGAAAUUUGGCGAGAAAUAGCACUGCAUCUCCCACGAAGGGAUCUCAAAGCUCUGCUUUUCGUUCCUCAUCCUCUUUCUCGAAUAGCAUCGCAAUUAUUGUUUUGGGAGCUGGACUUGCACUUCACUGGGACAGACGGCGAAGAGGACCAGAUAGACACCUAUGCCGACCCAAGGACGCUAUUGUCUCAGAAAGAUGAAGAUGCGAGACAUGCUCAGAGGAGUGCAGAUAUUCUAACGCGAAUCAUUGUCGACCCAUCGUUUGCAUGUGCAGUAAGGACUCUAAGGAUAUUUGCCUCGAGGCGGGAUAAAGAUGGAUCGGUAGCAUUUCAGACUGGAAUGUUGACGAACGCACUGCCAAAAUUGAUUAACCUACGGAAUGUUCACAUCUCCGCUACCAGUGAAGGAAUACUCCCAGUUCUCCGUAUAUUGCAGACGUCGAGUCCCCGUCUACGGGGUCUCUCCUUGAAAUCACCAGAUGGUCCAGCUGAUCUAUCACUACUGGAGUUCAGGCAUCUAUCCCACUUUGCAUAUACGAUGAAUAUCGUGUCUGCGAAUCCUUCUUCUAUCCACGGGCUUCUAAGUCAAAAUAGCAUCUCUCUAAGAACCAUCGCACUCCAAAAUCCUCAUCCAUCGCCGCAUUGGACCUUUCCUGCUGCCAGUCUCUCAAUUCGUAAUCUUACCACCAUCUUCUUCACUGGACAUUUCCCAGCCGUAACCAACGCUUUUGCUGAGAUCUUGAACAACGGUCGACAAUUGGAGAACUUGAAUAUCACCUGCUGCUCUCUAGAAUGCCCGAACGCUUCAAGUCAAUUCCGAAGCGCCCAGCACGUAAACGCACUACCCUUCUUGCGACACUUCGCCUUCUCCGUGGAAUCCAUUGGUCGAAGAACGAUGGAUCGUGACUUAUUUCCUGCUAUUGCCGAAUUUCUGCGUGGACGAAGGCACCUACGAUCCCUCCAGCUAAUAGCUCGCGAAGAAUCAAUACAACACGCUGUCGGGUUCGAUGCUGCCAUAUGGGGGGUUUUACCUUCGUUAGGAGGUCUCAGAGGUCUGAAAAUUAGCUAUCCGUCUGAUUUGGCGCCCGGUCUAGCCUCUUGGCUCAUUCCGCGGACCGUACUGGCCCUCCGUCUUACGCUCGAUUAUAAUUCUCAAUCAGCUCGGGAUCCCAUACCAUUUUUAAACCAACUUCGCCAUGGUAUACCACCGACGCUUCGAUUCGUUGGUCUAUCAGAUGUCCAUGUCCGAAAUGUGUUGGCUGUGGUAGAACACGGAUUCCCCAUGGUCCGCGUUGUUCGUAUCGGCAACAAUUAUUGGACUGUCCUGCGCAAACAAGACGUAUCGAAAACAAUGCCACCUCACGGCUCUGUGCUAGAGGUUGAGCAAUGGCCGAAGCGCCGCGCUCUAUAUCAUGCCACCGAGUGGCUCGAAUGGUUCGGCUGUGAAGACGCAAUGGUUAGGGACCCCUCCUCAUUUUCAGGAUGA